AUGUUCAAGUUAAAUCGUAUAUUGUUCUGUGAUGAGAAAGAUUAUAAUCUGCUUAUAAACACUGUUCCUUCAUAUACGUGUUUUACUCGUUUCGAGUUUUUGUUUUCUGCUGAUUAUGGCCAUUACAAGACGCAACAAUGGAGAAAGAAAAAGUGUUUGGAUAAUGAUGUUACUGAUAUGAUUUGGUUGCGGGCUCCUCGCUGCAGAACAGGACAGAAAGAGACUGAUAUGUUAAUGUGCAAACUCGAAUACAAGCAACCGAAGCAAAUAGGAGAUCCAACAAAGAUUAGGAAGGAUGGUGGAAAUUUCCAUGAAGCGUGUGGAAAUAAACAUUCUGAGUUUUUUAAGGGUGGUAGGAUUGAAAAUGGUGUUGGAAGUCUUAUUAAGGGAAAAGUAAUAUACCAUAAAGAUACCAAAGCAGUCGUAAUAUUUGACUUUGAAGUCGUAUUCAAUGGGUCUACAGCCAGAGAGAAAGAGAUAAUUGUGAAGCAUUGA